AAUUUGCGGGAACACCGGAAAAGGAAAGACACAGAUGCGCGCGCAGAAAUCAAUGCCGCAAAUUUUCAAAGCAUGCGCCAGUGUGCCGGGGACAGUCACGUCUGUACUAAGCGUAAAGAAAUAAAUAAGGCAGUGAUCAGGUGCAAUUAACCGAUUGGCAAAAAGUGCGCGUUGUACGGAAUCAAUCGGUCCUCGCUGAGCAAAAGAGCUGUCGGAAGUCUUUCGGGAACAAUGAGAUCAUAAGGCGGUUCUACGAGUCAAUUGAGAUUACUGUUUUCUUUUCGUCCUUACAUACCACGUCUACCACGGCAGACAUGGACGAGAAUUUGAGCCGGGGCUACGUGCAGUUAGGGAAAGCUAGGGGCAUGAACGAGUUCAAAUUCUCCAACGGGUUCACCCAUUUAUCACCGCCUAUUGACAAAUGCAACUUCAUCUACUUCGCUCUCAUACUUGGCGGUAUAGGAUUCCUCUUGCCGUACAACAGUUUCAUUAUAGCGGCGGAUUUUUUUCAAGCAAGAUAUCCCGGAACUACUGUAAUAUUCGAUAUGUCAGUUGUCUAUAUCAUCAUGGCAUUCUUCGCAGUCUUUGCGAAUAAUAUUUUAAUCGAAACAUUGUCUCUAAAUACACGGAUAACAUUUGGAUAUCUGGUGGCCUUCGUCACUUUAAAUUUUGUUGUAAUUUCCGAGAUCUGGUGGGAGCCUUUCAACACGGCCACCUCUUACACGAUUAAUCUAGUCGUUGUCGCGAUAGUAUCGCUCGGUUGUACAGGUAUUGCUGGUCUUUGGGUAUCAAUCAAUCGAAUAUUAACGAAGUCUUUACUCGACGAUGAACGCAGCAACACAUCCAUGUUUUUUGUUUUGUCCAACAGCACGAUUCUAAUGUGUUUCUUAUUAAAUCAGAAAGUUCGCAAAACUGACUUCGUGCAAUUCUAUAUAACGUUGUGUCAGGAGAGGAAUCGAAUUACAUUAGAACCAACAGAAGAUGUGGGUCUGAUGGAUCCAUUGGAUCAAGUCGGGGAUCCUUCGAAAGGUCAGUAUGGGGUUUUAAAGAUUCAGACUAGUCCCCUAGGAAAUGAAUCCGCGAGUGGAAACACUGAAUUAAAUGGAACAAAUCAAUAUUCGCCAUUCUCAUUCAGUAAUCCCGUGUAUGAACCUGGUGCGCCAUCAGGAAAUCCUCCCGGUAGCGCUGGUCCUACAUACAAAGUUGAAGACGUAGUUGUUAUGAGAGGAACAUAUGGGACUCAAACUAGCAAACCGUGGCCUGAAAUCAAAAAGGGUUUUCUUGCAAGACUUGAAGUGGCAAAGAUAAUAUGCCCGUAUAUGGGCAGCAUUGGUCUAGCAUACUUUGUAACUCUUUGCCUGUACCCUGGAAUUAUGUCAGAAAUUAUUUCCUGUAAACUUGAAUCAUGGAUGCCGGUGAUUUUAAUGACGGCGUUUAAUGCUUCUGAUGUAUUGGGCAAGAUACUUGCGUUGAUUCCUUAUGAUUGGAAACGUACCCAGUUAUUAUUGUUUGCGGGUGUUCGAGUUAUACUGAUUCCUUUAUUUUUACUCUGUGCACUACCUAGAAGUACGCCAAUACUUUCUGGAGAGGGGUAUCCGUUGCUACUUUCUUGUUUACUUGGCGUUACGAACGGCAUCGUUGGAUCGGUACCAAUGACACAGGCACCUAGCAAAGUAUCAGAAGGACAUCGUGAAUUAGCAGGUAAUAUUAUGACUUUAUCAUACACUACAGGUUUGACAGUAGGCUCAUUGUUCGCAUAUAUACUUGACACUCGCUUUGAACUACCAGCUCAAUUGAAAAAUGUAUGUCAAAAAGCAUUAAGCCCAUCGAUAAUGCCACUUAACAAUACAACGUCAAGCGCUGUAACAGAUGUUAUGUCUUCCACAUUACCAACAUUAGAGAACAUUACCCCAAAGGUAACUGUUUUGUCAGCCCUUUUGUCAUCCACUUCGAUGUUUAAUAGUACUUUUAGUACAUUAACUACCGGUAUGAUGGAAGCAUCCACGACUAUAUCUCCAAAAGUUUUCGUUAAUGUUAGUAGCUCGGUUAACAAUACGAUUGUACACUAGGAUACGCACGUUUGUGUGUUGUGUUGAAUCUGAUGCUUUGUACGAAUAAGUUUGUUAAGACAUUGCGUUGUAAAUUAGGAUUUUAUUCAUUAACUUGUUGAGCAAUUAUUUUAAAUUGUUAUAUUAUUUGAGCAAUUAGUUUAAAUUGUUGUAAACUGUUUCCUAAAGAAAAAAAUACCAAUAAAUUUAUGGAAAUACUAAAAAAACUUCAAUUUCAGAAAAUCGUAAAAUAUUGAACACACCAGAUUGAACACACACACAAAGUGAUUCGAGUUCUCGAUUCUUAUAAUUUCGUAAAUACUACAAUAAUUAUUACAAUAUUUACUCGGAUUUUGAACGUAAUUUAUUAAUAAGUAAAUGAUAUUUUUAACAAAAAUUCGUGAUCGCAGUCAAUAAAACGCAAGAACGGAGCAAUAUUGUAUUUGCAUUACGUUAAAUAAAUACUUCUUUCGAACUUCUGUAGAAUAAAUUAAGAGCCAGAAAAAAUAGUUUUAAAAAUUUUCUUCAAUGAUAUUCUGUCUUUCAUAUCAUUCUGGCUAAUUUAAUAGCGAUAUCUAUUAGAUUUUAUUGUUGAGUGCAAAAAAAAAAUAUAUAUAUAUAU